AAGUAAAUUGCAUAAACUUAAAGUACUGCAGAGAUGAAGACCGAAGCAGGAAGAAACAUGCCACCAAUGUCCUGGUCGGGAACAUACUGUGUCAUGUGAAGAGACAUGACAAAAACAGCCCUCUUUAAAUUACUGUUGGCAAUACUGAUCACAUUCAUUUUACUUUUGCCUGAAUAUUUUAAGACACCAAAAGGAAAUAUAUUGGAGCUAUCAUGUCUGGAAGUGUGUUUGCAACCUAAUUUCAACUAUUCACUCCGCUCUUUAAAUUUUUCUUUUGUGACUUUUCUGAAACCAGUAAGAGAAACUCAGACUAUUAUGGGCAUCUUUCUAAAUCACUCCAACUUUCAAAACGUCACCAGGAUUUGCCAAGGCAUCACAAGUGAAUUGAAAAUGUGCUCCUCAUGUUUAGCUUGCGAGUCCAAAAAAAGUCUGGAUUUUAUUUCUCAGGAACAAACAUCAAAAGUUCUUAUCAUGAAAGGAUCAAUGGAAGUGAAGGCAAAUGAUUUUCGUUCACCUUGUCAACAUUUUAACUUCACUGUAGCUCCUAUAGCUGAUCCCUUGGAAGAAUAUAACAUUACUUGUAAUCUAAAAACCCGCACGAGAAGGCCAGCCAUCACGGAGGAAGAUUCACCCAAGGAAAAGUCUAUGAACCAUACUUGUAGGACUAUGGAAUACCUGAAUAAUUGUACACAUAUCUCCUUGCACCUAGAAAUGGAUGUCAAAAAUUUCACUUGUUCCAUGAAGAUCACUUGGUAUGUUUUAGUUCUAGUCAUUUUUAUAUUUUUUCUCGCCCUCACUCUCCACAAAAUACUUGAAAGCCACAGAAGAAUGUGGAAAUGGCAGAGUCAUAAAUACAAUCCUACCUCUGACCUCUUAAGAGGACAGGAUUCCGAGAAACUGCGAACAUUGAACGUGCAGGUUAUUUCAGGGUAUCCUUCUGAAUUCCUCUGGACCAUUUGGACUGAACCCUUUUGAAGAAUACUCAUAACCUCAUUUUGGGAAUGAGUUAACUAGUAAAUAUAUGAGUCCAGCUGAGGAUUCACAAUAGGAAACAGUAGGAACGCUGACUGGUUGAUGAAAACUGGCUCAAGAGCAUUCAUUUGACCCAUGAGAUCAAAGAAAUGAGAGUUUUUUCAGGAAGCCAUCAUGAGUCAUGGAAAACAAGCUGAUGAAACCCAUGGAAACAACAAGGGAAUGCUCACUGUCUUUGCUUAUCUGUCAUUAUACAGCUUACAGUGGCCCCAAGAUUUUGAUUUUGAAAGGAACUAAAACCAGGGUCAAGGAUGAAAAUCUUUUCUCUCAUUUGCCCACAUUGCAGAUUCUAAUUUGAUGGGUUUUCCUAUACAGAUGGAUUGUUUCUAUUUGGCAAAUUACUUAAGAGGGCCUGGGUUGUUCGUUUAUACAUUUGUUUGGAUUUAUAAAUGUUGCCUCCUUUUGGCACUGAGGAUGUUCUAAAAAAUUUCAAAGAUACCAAAAUAAAAUGAAUUUAAGUGAAA